AAGCCCACUAGAAAACCACCGCAGCAAAGCCAACAACCACGCUCCACCGCCAGUGAGACCAAGUGAACUUAUCCCACGUCUCACGCGCCACCGUCUCGAAAAGAUCUAGUCAGAGAAAGGAAAAAGUCUCCGAACAGAGAUCCCACGGCAAACCAGAUAAAACACGAGGGGAGCGGAGACUGUCCUCAAGCCCUCCAAAAUCCACCACGCACACACCGGAUCUGCACCAGGAACCGCCGGAUCUGAAACGGAGACUCCUCAGACCAAACCCAACCCUAGCCGCAAAGAGAAAGAGAAGACCACAGAGAUGAACAGAGAAGCGAAAAAGGAAAAAGAAACACGGUGGGGGACCACCGGCGACCACCUCGAAAGGACACAGCAGUCGCCGGAGGAGAGCUGUGGCCAAUUUGAGCUUUUCUGGUGAGAAGCAAGAGAAAAAUAAAGAGAGAGAAAAAAAAUAUCUUUUUUCCUGAUUCCUUGCCAAUAUAUACAUAAUCAUGUGAACAAACACAUAUGUUUAAAACUUAGUUUGAGGAAUUUUCUAACAGCCAAGAUUUGAAUUACUACGUGUAUAAUCAAAGAUUUGAGCUAGUGUUGUCCAUAAACUCAGACGACUAAAUUUUACGCAACACAAAAUAUCGUACAAUAUUGUGCGAUACCUUAUAAAAUGUGCCAUACUUUUACCAAAAAAAACAAAGUGCCAUACACUACGUUGUCUGUGUGAAAAGAUCUCGAAUAUGGUAAAUAGUCCCCAAAAAAUGUAUCACAAAUCUGGUAAGCAGUGUUUUGAAACCCGACCCGGACCCGCGGUUGAACCGCUAAACCCGGUGAUCCAGAAAAAAUCUGGUUUGGGUAUUGUGAAAAAUCCAAUAUUUAGAAACCCGCAAAAACUCGCAAAAAUCCACUAAAACCCGGAAUCCAAUACCGGUUGAACCACCGGUUGAACCAAUAAAUAACUUUUUUUAAGUUCUUAGAUUAUGUUUUAUACUAGUAUUAUGGCCCUUGCUAUGCAAGGGCAAAAUAAUUGUCAAAUUAAAGAUGAAAAACAUUACAUUAGUUAACUUUUUUUUUUUUUGAGAAAAAGCUUUAGUUACCAUUGUUUACCACUUAAAUGAAUACAGAAAUACACAUCUUUAAUAGUUGACAACUGCUUUUGUGGAUGAACUCGAGGUCUUGAACGCAUUUGAGAAACGAAACAUUCGAUGGAGCUUUAAAUGAGAGUGUUAAAGACAUUUCAUCACCAUUAUUAUUAGACUUUGAGGAGUUGGUGCUUCUUGUUCUAUGUCUUCCGUGCUUAAAUAUUUUACGCAAUGAAUACAUGUGUUAGAAAUUUUCUGAGUUUUAUGUGAAACUUAUAAUUUACGGUGUUUUCUGAUCUUUUAAAUGUGGAGAUUUCAGUUUAUUUAGAUGCAAAAGAAGUGAAGGUAGUGGGACGGUAAAGAUAUUGGAAAACAGUUUCACCAAUAGAACUGAAAGAAUUUUUAAUAAUGGAAGAUUAAAAAAAAUAGACAAUAAUUAACUUUAUCGAAACAAUACAAAACAGAAUAUGUAAAAAAAAAUCAAAUGAAAAGGACAGUGAACAAACAAAGAAUCAUGGGUUGUGGGCUACUUUUUUAAAAUUGUUCUACGGUUUCUGUUAUUUUUUUCUUUUAAGCAUUAUUUUUCUUUCAGACUGUUCUCUAUUCUAAUUUUUUUUUUGAAAAAUAGAUUUUCCACAUGUCAGGUUUAGAUUGGUGAUUCGACUUGCGCUUUAGUAUAUAAGGGAUUCUAAGUUUCUAAUUAAGAAGUUAGGUGCUGUAGAAAAAAGUUAGGUUUUCCUUUUUCAGUUUUAUAUUUUGAUUUUUAGAUUUUGAUGAAGAUUUCACUAUGCCACUUAAAGAAAAUGAAGUGAACGAUGGUAGAGAAAACCAAAAUUAGUUUAUGUGAUUUGGUGUUAGUUUAUUUCCGUUAUUGACAAUUUAUUACAAUGAUGUUUAACUUUUAGUUUAUUUUGAAUUUGAAGUUUAGUUUAUUAUUCACAUUAGACAUUUUUAUAUUUUUAUUUUUUCAGAUGUCAUAAUUCUUACUUUGUUACAUAAAAUUUUAAAUAGUCUAAACAAUUUUUUGAUAUUUUGUAUGUCAAAUGAAAAUAAAAAUAUAAAAACUAAAGUUAAGUGUUUUCUAAAUAUUUUUUAAACAUAAAAUAUAUACAUAUCCAAACUAUUAUUUUAUGUUUUCAAAAAUAUUUAGAAAAUAUUAAACUUUAGUUUUUAUGUAUUUAUUUUCAUAGAUAAUAUAUUAUUAUAUAAAAAAAUUAAUUCAUUUUUUAGUCCGCAGUUCACCCGCGGUCGACCCAGUGACCCAGCAAUCCGGUAAGUCGUCCGGUUCAGUGUCUGGAUCGGGUUUAAAAACAUUGCUGGUAAGAGUUCGUAACUCCAUAUUAUAUCAAUAUGCUUCAUUCUAAACCAAAUUAUUAAAACGUACGGGUAUUUGGUUAUCUGCUAAUGAUUCGAUUAAGCAUUAUUGGACUAAUUCCAAUUGGGCCUAACUUGGAUCAAAUUUAGUGGGGUUUAUUGAAAUGGGAAUUUGGAAAAAUACUAGGGAUUUUAUAUAUGAUGGGUUUUAUCUGAAUCUAUCUGGAUUUUAGGGAUUUUACCAGAGAUUUUAACGAGGGAUUUGUUAGAAUUUUUUUAAAAAUAUAUAUAUAUUUGCUAAGGUAUUCUUUGCUCCACGGAAUGGAAGAAACCAAAGUUCAGAAUGAUUCUUCUACAUGCUAUCAUUGGUCCGUCAGUUUCCGCAAGAUAAGAAGCAUUUCUUCGAGAGAAUUGCGGUCUCUUGCUACUGAUCUCCAAUAUCUUUCUAUGGAGAUGUGCAAGAAACAGUCUAAGAGCAUGUUUAUUGAUGUCCAUUAAAGAAAGGUUGUUAAGCAUAAUUACAAUUAAAAUAAAGAAAAAAAGGAAGAAAAGAGGUGAGACGUACCUUAUUUAAGCAAAAGAAGGGACGUUGCUUCCAUUACUUCUUCAUCUUUUGUUUGUCUCUCUUUCUAUGAUCCCACUUAAGAGACAUUUAAGAGUUUUACCAUUAAACAUGCUUUUAGAAACGCUUUACGUAAAGAGGUAUGCAAUGAAGCGUUUGAGACUACAAAAAGAGGUAUGCAAUGAAGCUCUGUAGAUUGUACAUUAUCCAUGCUUUGGCCUUCACUAUAUGUGAUGUUGUAUCUCCUUAUCGUUAAAGUUUUUUUUUUGUUAUGUUCUGCAGCUGUGCUUUUGCUUAUAUGAAUAUUCAUAGAUUCUCAUCAGGAUGGAGGCGGUUUAGAGAUGAAUCUCAACGGAGGCAGCUCUAGAGCAGAAGAUGAUGACUUCGGUGAUAUAGUAUGACUCUUUUGUUACAUUCUACAACUGUUGUUCAUCUUUUUGUAUAUGAUCUGUAACUAUGCAAGCUAUGCAUUUUUGUUUCAGUUAUUUAGAAUUUAGUGAGCAUCAAAUGAGCAAGAGCAAAAAGAAUGAGGAAAUAUCAGAAAAGAGGGAGAAAGAGAUUCAGCAGGUUAGUGCUUGCAACUCUUUAAUGCUCUUAAUUGUUAACCUUUGUCAUUUUCUCCUUGUUUUGUGUCAUCUGCAGGUUGUUGAUGCCGAUGGUUUGGCAAAAACCACUUUAGGCUGUUCUCUUGUAUUGGACCCAGUUCGGGCUGGACCUUGGGCCUGAGGCCUCUUUUAAGUUUUAAUGAAUUUGUGCACAAAAAAAAAAUCAUCACGGGCAGAGCGUACAUAGAGAAACGGAGGUAUGGUUAUGUGUACGUAACAAACGGAGGUAGUCUUGGCACUGUCAAGGACCAAAGCUGAUGAAGAAGAAACAUACGACGACGUUGAAUUUAUUAAACAAAGAAGAUGAAAAUUAUUUUUUUUAUUUAUUUAUUUUGAAAUACCAUCUAGAUGGUAUUUGUUUCUAGUGAAUUUUGUCUAUAAAACUAAUUAUCUAUAUUUUCAAAUAACUCUUGGUAAAUAUUAUAAGCGAAAUCCUUGUUUUCCAAUAAGGAGAGAUUUGAAAGAGUUUGAAUAAAUGAUUAAUUCAAUAAGGGUGGAUUUGAUAGAACUUUUAUAAAUACUCAAUACAAUAAGGGGAGAUUUGAACAAAAACUAGGAUUCUCUAAAAUCAUCAAUACAAUAAGCCCCCCUUAAAGAUUUAUUUUAGAACACUAUAAAAAAGUGACUCGAUAAAGUUUAAAUGUUUUUACAUUAGGUCGAGUGUUCGAUUUACAAAUAAUACAAUUUCUUAAAUUAUAAAAUGUAAGGUUAAUCGAAAUUUCCAGAACUAUUUGUUGUUGUCGUUUCCAACGAAGAGAGUAUAUCCAUCGAAGAUAUCAUACAUUUAAACCAUCUGUCAAUCCAAUAGUUUACAGCAAAAACUAAGCUAAAUCUGACAACAUAUAAACCAAAUUCAAACCAAACAUUAAUCAUAUUCUGUUGGGACUAAAUUUCAUAGCAAAAAAAACUUGAUUGAAUCCGGAUUGAAUCGAGUUAAACCUCUGAAACUUGAUGCCUACUUUUAAACUUCAAAACGAUACCACGAAGUCUUUUCUCCAUUUUAUAUCAGGAUAACUAUUACAUUUCCUUCUAAAUGAAACAUCACUUAAAGCCCAACAAAAAAAAUAAUCUUACACAUAUACUUUGUAAAUACAAAAGCCCAUUGCCUCAUUAGUUAUGUCUAAAGUUUUAAAAUAAAGACCUAAUUUGAUCCUGAUGGAUCAUGGAUGACCCCACAAAACACCGCGACAAACUCCGUCACUAACAUAUUCACCGGUGGUGGUAGCUUCUACGUAAACCUUGCUAAAUAUUCGGAUCCCUAACCCUAGAUUGCCGCUGUUAACCUUAAUUUCUUCCAAUUCUCACUCAUCAGGCUGAAACCCUCGAAGAUCUUUCUCUACCAGGGGAAAAUCAUGUACUUUUUUUUUAGUUCAAAACCUUUGAUUUCUCUUCUCUCUCUCUCUCUUUUGAAAAUGGGUGACAGUGAAGAUGAAACCGGAUAUCCAAAGAAGUUUUACCCUCUGAAUCGACUAAACCAUCUUAUGUAUACCCGACCCAUUCUCAAACGUCACGCGUAUUACCGCGAAGAGGAUGAUAACAAGAAGACGAAAAAAUCAAAGAAGACAAAGGAGAAGGAUAUAAUCAUCGUGAAAAAGAGAGGUUAAAGAAGAUGCUUAAACCGAACAAAUCAGUUUAUGGGUACGAGUUUGUGGAUCCAAGACAUACGAACUAGAAAGACCAUGACGAGGAGUUUGUGUUGUUGGAAGUACGGGGAGACAAGUUUCUGCAGUUGGGCUGUAGAUUUUGAGGAACGAAGAGUGGGCCGAAGAGUGGAACGAACUAGCUGAAGAAGUGAGCGAAGAGCUUUGGUCAGAGAGGUCAAAGAUGUCAGAGACGCAGUGUCGGAGAAUGAUUGAUAGUUUAAAGAGGAAGUACAGGAAAAAUAAGAUCAAAGUCGAUAUACAUGGGUCUUGUUCGAGCAAGUGGUUGUUUUUCAACAAGAUGGAUAUGUUGUUUACUCUUCGCCUAAGCUGGAAUUGGGGUUGGGUUGUUGUGUUGAUUCAAGAGGGUUUAUGAUAAGCAACAAACUUGUUGAAUAAACGUCAUCAGUUGACGUGUGUUGGAAGAAACAAUUGAGUCUUGUUUGAAUCAAUCUAGAUGAAUUAUAGGACAAUGAGUUUGUUGAGUUAUUUCCGGAGUCAGUUUCGUUCAGUCUUUGUAAUACGUUUGGUCUAUUUAGAUGUUCUCUUCUACGAUGAAUAAACUAUGGCUGCAACUGGAUUGACCAUUUUUGGAAUGAAAUGCUUUGGAAUGAUCAAUUCCAUUAAUUCCAUAAAAAAAUUUACCAUUUAACAUGAAUGGAAUGGAAUGCUCAUUCCAUCAAUUCCAAAAAAAUCUAAUCAAAAUACAAAGCAAAACAUUCCAAAACAAUUUUGAUAAGGAACAAAUGGAAUGAAUCCAUUCCAUUUUUCUACUGCAUUACAUUCAUCUUAUUCCAUUCCUUUCUAUUCCAUGUAUUUAUUUCUUGUUUUACCAGUUACAGCCUACACUUUUAUAUUAUACUUGUUCUUGAGGUCUUUUAAUCAUUCUAAAGUUAACAAGUGGUAUUAGAGCUUGAUACGAACCUGGUGAGAGACAAAAUAAAGAUGAGUAAGAGAGAUUCAUUGCUGAGUAUCCCAAAGUUUGAUGGUGAUUACGAGUAGUGGGCGAUGCUGAUGGAGAACCUGCUGAGAUCGAGGAAAUCGUGGGAUCUGAUAGAGACAGGGAUCACAAGACCAGAACAAAGUGUGAUCCUGACCGGAGCACAGGGAACAGAGCUUGCAAAGCUUACUCUCAAGGAUCUAAAGGUGAAAAAUUAUCUAUUUGCGUUGAUAGAAAAAACGAUCCUCAAAACAAUCAUGAAAAAAGAUACAUCUAAGGAUCUAUGGGAGUCUAUUGAGAGCAAGUACCAAGGAAACGAGAGGAUUCAAAGCGCCCUACUGCAGAGGUUGAAAAUGAACUUUGAAGUCCUUGAGAUGAAGGAAGGAGAAACUAUCAGUGAAUAUUUCUCAAGAGUUAUGUUGGUGGUAAAUGACAUGAGAAAUCUUGGAGAGGAGAUGAGUGACUCCAAAGUUGUAGAGAAUAUCUUGAAGACUCUAGUUGAGAAGUCCACGUAUAUUUUGUGCACUGUAGAAUAAUCCAGCGACAUUAAAGACCUCUCGGUUUAUGGGAUGGAGAGCUCCUUGAUGGUUUACCAACAGAAACUGAUCAGACAUGGAGGUGAUGAAGAAGCUCUGAAGAUAUAUAGCCGAUGGAGACCAAAAGGAGGAAGAGGCAGAGGAGGAUCUCCAUCUUAUGGAAGAGGUGGAUAUCAAGGGAGAGGAAGAGAAAGCUCAAGCUUCAAUAAGGAGAUAGUAGAAUGUUACAAAUACCACAAGAUGGGACAUUUCAUCUUAUGAAUGUCCGGAAUGUGAGAAGAGACCACGAAAGAAAAUGAAGAAGUCUGGUUUCUAGACUCUAGCUGCAGUACUCACAUGUGUGGUGAAAGAGAUUGGUUAGUGUAUUUUGACAAGAACUUGAGCAAAAAUGUGAAGCUUGGAGACGAUAGAAUAAUGAUGGUCAAAGGAAAUGGAAGCAUUCAGUUGCAGAUCAAUGGAUCAGUUCAGCUGAUCACAUCUGUGUAUUUUGUGCCUGGCUUGAAGAGUAACCUACUGAAUGUUAGUCAGUUACAAGAAAAGGGAUAGUCAUUGAUGAUGGUGUGUGUGUGUGGAUAUGGCACAAACACCAAAGGAAAAUGAUCUUCAGACGAGAAUGAGUAAAAACAGAAUGUUUGUGGUUCUUGCGGCUGUCAAGAAGCAGAAUCAAGAAGCAGAAGGAAGCCAAUGAAGACAUAUUACCUGCAAGUAGCAGAUGAAAAAGAAGGUGAUAUGUGGCACAGGUGACUUGGCCAUUUAAGCCACAGUGGAAUCAAGGCUCUGGAAAAGAAGAAGAUAGUCACGGGGCUGCCAAACUUUGAUCAUACAGAGGUUGAAAUUUAUGAAGUAUGUAUGAGAGGGAAGCAAAUCAAAGUGAUCAUUCCAAAAGAGGGGUUAUGAAAGUCAAGUCGAGGUCUUUAACUGGUUCACAACGACAUAUGCGGUCCGAUCACACCGACUUCAACAAGCAAAAAGAAGUACAUCAUCAACUUUAUUGAUGAUUUUAGUAGGAAAUGUUGGAAUUAUUUCCUUUAAGAAAAGUCGUAGGCUUUAAAAACAUUCAAGGAGUUCAAGGUUUUAGUGGAAAGAGAACUUGGACAGCCCCUUGUGUGCCUCCAAACUGAUCGUGGAGGAGAGUACAACUCGAAUGCCUUUCAAAAGUACUGCAAGGAGAACGGUAUAAAGAGACAACUUACGGCUGCUUACACCCCGCAACAGAAUGGAACAGUAUAACGCAAGAACCAAACCAUCAUGAACAUGACAAGGUGUAUGCUGAUGGGAAUCUCAGUUCCAAGAAAUUUCUGGCCUGAAGCAGCUCAGUAUGCGGUGUACAUUCUGAACAGAAGUCCAGCAACAACACUAGGUGAUGUAACACCAGACGAAAAAUGGAGCAACCACAAGCCCUCAGUCGCUCACAUCAGGGCAUUUGGAUGCAUUGGUUUUGCUUUAGUGUCUUAUGAGAAGAAAACCAAGCUUGAUGAUAAAAGUGUGAAGUGUGUCCUGAUGGGAGUGAGCAAAGAUCAAAGGAAUACCGGCUCAACAAUCUAGAAACCGAAAAGAUUGUCAUCAGCAAGGAUGUGAGGUUUGAUGAAACCAAAGGAAGGGACUGGGGAGAAAGCAAACAAGACAAUGGGCUGUUCUAGGAAGGACUAGUAGAAGAGGAAGAAGAAGAUGGAACCAUGGAGAAUGGAAAUGAAAUAGAAGAAAAGAAUGAAACACGAGAUGAAGUGACUAAUACAUUUCAAGCAAUAGAAGAAGUUGUAGGAAAUGGGGAAGGAAACAGUGGUGAAUCUCUACACGUGAAUCAGUUGGAAUAUCAAAAAGAGCACCAAUAUGGAUGAAAUAUUAUGUAGCUGGACACCAGUUUCUUUAUUCAAGAAGAAAACAAGAUCAUUGCAGUAUUCACUACAUUUGAUGAUGCAUAGAGCUUUGAUGAGACUGCAAGAGAAGAAAGAUGGAGGGAGCAAUAAUAGCUGAGAUCAAGCUAUAGAAGAAAAAUGAGACAUAUGAGCUAUUUGAUCUUUCAGCUGGUGCAAAGGUCAUAGGCGUGAAAUGGGUGUUCAAGACGAAGCUAAAUGAAUGAGGAGAGGUUGACAAGUAAAAAGCAAAACUGGUUGCAAAGGGCUAUCAUCAGAGGCAAGGAGUAGACUUUGAAGAGGUCUUUGCGCCUGUUGCAAGAUGGGACACCAUAAGAGCUGUUAUUCUAGCUCUUGUGGCGCAAAGGAUCUGGAAAAUUCUUCAGCUAUAUGUCAAGAGUGUGUUCCUCAAUGGUGAGCUGAAUGAAGAUGUUUACAUCGAUCAGCCUGAAGGGUUCGAAGCAAGAGAGACUACUGGGAAGAUUUACAAGGUCAACUGUAAUGACCUUCAUAUAUUAAAAAAAAAGGACCUCUUGAUUCUCGCUUGUGUCUCUCAAUCUCAAUCAGCUGCUUGCAUUCAUAGUUAAUUAUUUAAACAUCACAUGAUAGUCACAAGCAGGCUGCUUGCUUGCUGGAUUAAUUAAAAUUAAAUCAUGUGGCUGAGAGAGAUUUCUUCAAAGGAAGGAAUUAGUGAGCUGCUUAGUGGAUGGUUAUGAAUCAGAAAGCCAGCUGUCUUAUUCUCACCAAGACUUGUGUAAUCUGAAGAAACUCAACUUAGCCAUCAGAUAAUUAGUCACCACUUUCUUCUCUCCUGUCGUGAGAAACAAAAGAAAAAAAACAGAGAGCAUUUUUAGAGAAUUCAAGAGAGAAAGAAGAGAAAAUCAGUGGAGAAAAAUCAAGAGAGUUUUGGGUGUUGUUUCUUCAACCAGGCUGUGUUGUUGUUGAUGUGUGGAAGAAGAAAGGUAAUUAAACUGAUCAGAUCAAAUCACCAGCCUUGCUCUGUUCUGAACCAAGUUUUGUUUCUAUUUUGAUGAUAGUCAUAUUGUGAGCUUAGCUUGAGAGGAGUGUUCAGCCAAGAUCAACCCUUCUAGUUGUUUUGGUAAGCUGUAGUAAAGUGGUUUGGAUGUGGUGAUCAGAGAACCUUAUUAACCGUCAUGAACCUUGUCCAUUCUCAGGAUCGUUUCAGCUCAUUCGAGAUCAGUUUCAGGCCUUCUUAAAUUUGGUUUCAAGACUUGAAUCAAGGUGAGUCUAGGCAGUUGGAUGAAUAAAUCAUGUAUGAGUGUAGCAUGAUUUAGUUGCAGUGAAUAGUCACGAAUGAUUAAGUGUUGUCUAAUUAUUCUUGAAGUGUUCAACUCAUGUUAACUCUUAGGAAAUUUUCUUAAGUGUUCAUGGAGGUUUAUCUAUAACUUAGUACUUGUUCCCAAGUAUUAAUUAUAUAUGCAUUCAUAUAGUUAAUAAUUCAUGGAAGUAAUAAUCAUAUGAAGUCUUAGUCAAUACACAUUACUUAAAUAUCCCCGUAUUAUACGAAGAGCCGUCACUUGUUCGUACGUGGUUCACGUAACGUUUCAAGUUGUACGAAGACACGGAGUUACGGUAUUGCAGACUAGGGCCGUGUACUGGGUGACGAUCCAGUGUCGGGUGUUCAUCAAGUGAUUAUCCGAAGGAGAUGAAUUUUAAUUAUUUUUAUUACCCGCUAAGCUCUUAGCCUUUUGUGGUUUCGGGUUUAGCAUAUGCCUAUAAAUAUAUAUAUAUAUAUAUAAUUAUGAGUUAAGGGCGGGUGAUAUGGAGCGAUGUAUAGGAAGAGAUUCAUAGUGAUUAUGUACUAAUACUUGAAUGAUCAUACUAAUGCAUUAUUGUGAUUGCUUGUGUUGAUUUGUUGUGUUGUGAUUCUAGAUUCACUGAGUAUUUGUUACUCACGACUCAUUCGUGUGUGCAGGUAACCAUUAGGCGGGAGAUAUUUUUCUCUUUUGGACUAGAAGGAACGGCGUAAUCAGCGGUAGUUUUUGUUGUCCUUGCAACGAACCUUUUGAUGUAUAUUUACUGUAAAACGUUGUUGGGCGAUAGGCCGUAGGAUAAAACUAUAACGGUUUGUAAAAUGUUUAAAGUAAAUAAAUAAGGUAUAAAGAAUGUUUUAUAAACUACUAGUUCUCACAUGAUAUUAGUCCUUGUCCGGGACAAACCAACUAUCGAGUAUUGCUUGUCGGGUUGAAAAGCCUAGAGUGAUAUCCGAUAGGAGCGUCGGUGUUCUCAGUUUGUUGAUCUAAGGUGAUCAGAAUUAUUCUGGGAACCUCGGAUCGACCUUCGGGGAACAACGACGGUGUCAUUUCCGGUCAUCUAUGAUCGGGGGUGCCACAAAGGUGGUAUCAGAGCAUUGUUAUAUGAUGCUUGAAUGGGACUUGUUUCAAAUAUUUUUCGUGUCAAAAUGUGUCGCAAGGAUAAUUAGUAUAUGCUGGUUUGUUCCUUCUUUUUGAAAUAGAUAGAACUGGGUAGAAACUUACCAUGAUCUUUCCUUGCAGAUGCCACCGAGACAGGCCAGACGUGGUGGAGCUUAUCUACCGAUACCUACUUCCUCAUCUCCAGACUCUUCACUGCCAUCUACUCCGGCACCACUUCCGACCCCUAGCUUUGAGGUUACACCUUCGGGCUCUAGCUUUGAGUCUGAUCCAUCUGAGGAUUCACAUGAGUAUAUUCCACUUCAAACGCCGAUGCCUAUGUCACCAGAUCCGUAUUACACAGAUAUAGAGGUCGAUGUUGUUCAUGAUCAUCCUGCCGAUCAUCCUGCCGCUCAUGCUGCUGCCGCAGAAGAUGUUCCACAUGUUCAUGCUGAAGCACCACCAGCAGCACAACCUGCGCCAGCGCCAGCGCCAACUGAUCCAGCGAUAGUGGCACUUCUAGAAUUGAUGGCGGAGAUGGUAAACUUACAACAUCAAACUCUUAAUGCACAGCGUGCGCAGCCAGCUCCGGUACCUACCACGUCACAUCCUGACUUUUUGAAGAUUGUUAUGCUCAUGAAGAACUUGGGUACUAGACACUACCGAGGAGGGACUGAUCCGUUCGAGGCUGAUGCAUGGUUACAGAACCUUGAGGGAAACUUUCGGGCGACUCGCUGUCAGGAUGAGUUCAAGAAAGAUGUGGCUGUGUACUACUUGGAGAAGGAUGCAUUGAGCUGGUGGUUGUGUGUAGACCGCUACCUUGGUAAUGUGACAACUACUUGGUCAGACUUUCGUCAAGCAUUUCAGCGGAAGUAUUUUCCACCAGAGGCUAGAGAUCGUCUUGAGGCUCAGUUCAUGGCGUUGGUACAGGGAGAUAAUUCUGUUAGGAGGUACGAAUCAGAGUUCACCCGCCUCAGGCGUUACGUUCACUACGGUCAGGAAGACGAGCCUAUGAUUAUCAGGAAGUUCCUUCGAGGACUUAGUCCAUACAUUAGGAGCCGUCUUGAAGCUGUUGAGUUUGGUAGACUUUCUGACUUGGUGGAGCGAGCAGUGAAUGUAGAAGAAGCUAUCAUCGCGGAACGCGCAUCGUCGAGUCAUUCCGCAGAAAUACGACGCCAGGCUACCCAGAGUCAGCAACCGUCUCCGUCCAUGAUGGAUCGAGGUCAUAGAGGCAGAGCAGUUCGUGGAGGACGUUCAGGAGGACAUCGUCAGAGAACUCAGACUUGCUUUGGUUGUGGCCAGAGGGGUCAUAUAGCUAGAGAUUGUCCGAAUGGAGGACAAUACAGGCCGGCGGUACCACCCAGUGUUACUUGCUUCACGUGUGGAGAGCGAGGACAUUACGCAACAUCUUGUCCUCGUACCCACCCUACAUAUUCAGAUGCACCACGAGCUCCACAGGCUGGAUCAUCUCGUUCCCCUUUACCCUUUCCCAUACCACCAGCGAAGCGUCAGGCCAUUUCUGGUAGGGCCUAUGCCUUAGAGUUACCUGGACCACCGGGACCACCGAAGGGUCCUAUCACAGGUUUAUUUUCUUAUCCUAUUGAGUGUUGUGUGAUAUCUUUUUAAAAAAAAAAAAAUUGAUCGGUGCAUUAGUAGAUUAAAAAAAAAAAAAAA